AUGAGGGUUUCCAUCUUAUCUUCUAUCUUGCUGUCCGCUCUCCACAUCACAGCCACUCCUGUUCGACGAGAUGUCGACAGUGAGGCAGCUACCACGACUAUUGUCACCGUGACUGCUACGCUCUACGCUACCCUGGUUCCUCCAACCCUCCCAGUAGUGUAUACGUCAGCCACCUAUACUCAAGCCGUCUAUACCAGCACGUCGACAUUAUCAUCAAUCCUCAACUGCACCCAAACUCUAUAUUCUCCGAUCAUUGCACCAGUCAAUGGCACCACUAUGGUAGCUCCGGCUUCAGCAGCAACCAUCGCACCCGCUGGCCUUGACAUCCCUGAAGGUCUCCAAGGACGACAAGUCCCCACGUCACCCAGUUUGACACCAACAUCCACAACCUCUGCAAGCGUCACCAGAGCAACUUCGACCACAGAAGCUGCUAUUACGGCAAGCGUAUUUACCACCGUCACUGCAACAUACUCCCUGACUCAACGUCCGCCCUAUACGUAUACAAUCUACUCCGUCCAGACCGCUACCCAGACAGUACCAUUGAUCCGAACUGCCUACGCCUGUUCCGCGACACUCGACGUCUUUUAUUCAAUCGUUACCGACGUGGUGACAUCCACCAUAAUCCGAACGCAUUGGCCUAGCACCACAACCACCACCAGUUAUACAGCUUGUGCUGCGCUCCCGACAGUUGCAACGACUCCAAGUGCGUCUGUUUCCAAGCCUGUUACAGUCUUGGAAAGACAAGUGGGGGGUACUACUGCGGUGUUUUCAACCACAGCUACCCAGACAAGGUAUGCUUAUUCGGUUACGACGAUUACAGAGGCAGGGCCGUCGACCCGCGUUGUGACAGCUUGUAGCCCGACUGCCACGCCUUCGGCUGCUUCCACGGCGACUGUUUGA